GGAGGAGUUAUUCAAUACACCCACACCCACACUCGCACACUAUGUUCACUCCCGGAGCGGAGAACAACUGAGAAAUCUCACCUUUCGCUCAGUUCAACAUGGGGUUGCUGAAUUUUCUGCUUUUUCUCGCGGUCGCCGCUUUCACAGUGAAGGUUUCUCUUCAAGGGCCAAACCAGCGUAGACUGUACAAUGACCUGUUGGCUAACUACAACCCACUGGUAAGACCAGUCACCAACGACUCUCAGGUCCUCACCGUUCAGCUCGGCAUGAGCCUCAUGCAGAUCAUGGAUGUGGAUGAGAAGAACCAGGUUUUAACAACCAACCUUUGGAUGAAACUGCAUUGGAAUGAUUGUUACCUCCGGUGGAAUACAUUAGAUUAUCCAGAUGUACACAAUGUGAGAUUUCCUGAACAUCUCAUUUGGAAGCCAGACAUUCUGCUGUAUAACAGUGCUGAUGAAAGAUUCGAUGCUACGUUCCACACCAACAUUUUGGUCGACUCCGGAGGAAACUGUUCCUACAUACCUCCAGGGAUCUUCAAGAGCACCUGCUACAUCGAUGUGCGCUGGUUCCCCUUUGAUAUCCAGAGAUGCGACCUGAAGUUUGGCUCGUGGACAUACGGAGGCUGGACUAUGGACUUAGAGUUGUUAGAGGCUGAUAUAUCCGGCUACACCGCCAACGGAGAGUGGGAUCUUGUCGAGGUUACCGGACAGAAGAACCAGCGUAUAUACGAUUGCUGUUUGGAGCCUUACCCUGACAUCACCUACACCAUGGUGAUGCGGAGACGGACUCUUUUCUACGGCCUCAACUUGCUCAUCCCGUGUGUCCUCAUCUCCACUUUGGCCCUGCUCGUCUUCCUUCUGCCCGCUGACUCCGGAGAGAAGAUCUCACUGGGCAUUACAGUCCUGCUCUCCCUGACUGUCUUUAUGCUGCUGGUUGCAGAGAUUAUGCCCGCCACAUCAGACUCUGUGCCUUUAAUUGCUCAGUACUUUGCCACCACCAUGGUCAUUGUAGGGCUCUCGGUAAUUGCUACAGUUUUGGUCUUACAAUAUCACCACCAUGACCCUGAUGGAAGCAAGAUGCCGAAGUGGACCCGCGUGUUCCUUCUGAACUGGUGCGCCUGGUUCCUGCGCAUGAAGCGCCCAGGCGAGAAGCGAGUGCGCCCGGCCUGUCACAACAAGGCUGCACGCAGCAGCCUGAACAGCCUGGACUUCAAUGCCAGCACCCCAGCCUCCCAAACCACCAACAGCAACUUGCUUAAUGUUGGCGUCAGUGGACUGGAGCGUCUUCACUACUCCACAGCUGCCACCUCGUCUGACUCCGGGGUCCUCUGUGGACGGCUAGUCGGACGAGCAGGUGAGGACGAGUUGCUCCUCCCCACAGGUCACAGCUCAUUCGGGGGCCGCAUGGAAUCAGACCUGGCCAAGCUUCUGGAAGACGUGCAGUAUAUUGCUAAACGCUUCCGGGACCAAGACGAGGAUGUGUCUGUGUGCAACGAGUGGAAAUUUGCUGCGUCUGUUAUCGACAGGCUUUGUCUCAUGGCUUUCUCAAUCUUCACUAUCCUCUGCACCAUUGGAAUCCUCAUGUCAGCACCCAACUUUGUAGAGGCCAUUUCUAAAGACUUUUUCAAUUAAAUACUUCAGCAACAACAAAAACAUCAAUCACUAUUACAAAGUAACUAUUUGUUAACUUAUGAGGCGGUAAUUUGGAUACAGUUAGCUCUGCUAGUUUGGGAGUUGUAUAACACCAAAUAUUAUUAACCAUACUUAAAGUCAAAUUGAGGCGAAAUGUGAUGCAUAAAUAAUAUAAUUUAUGCAUUACAUGAUGUGGGUGAAAAUGAACAGUUUUCAGUAAUUAAGAAGUGCAUUUUUAUCUGUGUUUUGUUGUCUCCUAUUAUAUUCAUAAUCAUGAUAUUGAAAUGCAAAAGUAAUUCACCUUUACUAUCCUUUUGUUCUGCCAGUCGCCUGGUGAAGCUCAAGAAUAUUGUCUUAUUGUGUUAUUCCAUGUAGAAAAUACAACCUCAUUAUGGAGUCAGUCAUUCAGAAAACUUAAUAUGAAGUCUAUAUACAAGUCAAGUGUUUUUGUAAUUGUAAAUGAAAGACAUGACAGAACCUAAGGCUUAAAGGUCAUAGGUCAUUAUACCGUAUAUAAAAGCAGCAAUGACUAAUACAAAUUGUUCAAAUACAUGAAUAUUGCAAAUAUAUAUAUAUAUUUACAUUAAACUGAGGACAAAAGGUAAUCGCAAAGUGAAACCAUAUACGUACGAUUCGACAUUUGAAGAAUGAAUGAAAAAGAAAGAAUGACCUUGUAAUGUUACAGAUAACUGAGAACUAAGAAGUUCAAUGCAGAUUUGCACAGAAGAAUCAAGUUUAGACGUGUUUAGAUAUAUUCACAUGAGAGAAUAUUAGAUUAAAAAAGUAAAAGGAAACCCCAGGAGAAAAGAUCCAGCUAUAGAAGUCUUGGAUAAUGCAUAUCAUCAUAACAUAACAUCAGGCUAAAGCUACAGUCUUUAAAACUUCAUCAGUUUCAGGAGAUAAAUGUAUUAUGUGUAGAGCACUAUAGACAUCCACAACUUCACAUGAACGGAGAGAAAAUAUUUGGAUAAAUCUAAAGGUUUCUUUUUUUACUCCUAACAAAAAAAUCAAACGACUUCUAAGGCAAAUCAUGCACAUAUCUUCCAGAAUUCUGGAUGGUGUAUAGAUAUAUAAUCCUCAAGAAGUGUUCCAUUUUAUACCUGUGCAAUAUAGCUAAAGCAGUGCUGAAGGAAGAUGAUUAGUUUGUCAAAAUUCAGCUCACGACUGGCAAGAAAAUGGCUUGAAAUGGGCACACCCAGACACAGACAGUGGUUAGAUAUAGUACAGGAAAUAUUUGUGAUGGAAGGAAAAUUGCAUUACUCAUUGUAAACUGUUUUCUUAGCAGUUGUCUGUGUUGAUGUUUUUUGUUUUACUUCUGUAUGUAUAAAAACAGUAAAGUGGUAAAAUGGUG